AUGCGCUUAAAUGCAUCCUCCGGCUCACCAUCUCUUCUUGACGAGAAUGGGAAUAGCGAGCCGUGUGCUACCUCUGCUCCUGCUGUAACCGAACGUUGGAACGAAUCGCGGACGAAUGCAUUUCGACUUGUUGCGUCGUUUUUCUGUUUUAUGCUCGAGAAAUAUUACAACCUCACGUAUAUUAUCAUAUCACUCGUCUUCCUCUCUCCAUUUCUUGGCUAUGUUUCGUCUGCCUUAUUAAAUAAUUAUCUCCACCACAAACUUGGCCAACGUGUCAUCGCCAUUAUUUGUGGCAGCUGCCACACCGCGGCAUACAUCAUUAUCGCACUACAUCCGCCAUAUAUUGUGCUCGUGCUUGCCUUUAUCCUGGCCGGGUUCGGCAACGGCGUAGCAGACGCCGCAUGGAAUGCCUGGGUUGGCAACCUCUAUAACUCGAGUGAGUUGUUAGGGUUCCUGCAUGCAUUUUAUGGUGUUGGAGGGGUAGCGAGUCCGUUGAUUGUUACGGCGCUUAUUACAAAGGCCAAUUUGGAGUGGUACGCGUUUUACUACAUUAUGAUUGGCCUAGCUAGCACUGAAACAAUCGCACUAGCAUCUGCAUUCCGGUCCUCCUCUGGAGCAGAAUACCGGCGUAUCUACAAGACUAACGAGCUGGAGAAGGAAGUGUCUCUCACUGAAGCACUUUUCCGCAUGCCGUUUGCUCAAGUUGCUCUAGGCGGUUGGAUCGUCGUUUUCAUGCUGCGCGUUCGCCACGGUGAACCCUUUGCUAGUGGUAUGUCGGCCGUUAGUUUCUGGCUCGGCAUUACCGUUGGUCGUGCAGUGCUUGGCUUUGCUACACCUCGAAUCGGUGUCAAGUUAGCUACUGCCCUAUAUAUCGGUGCUGCUGGCUCUCUGGAACUCAUUUUCUGGCUUGUGCCACAAUUCUACAUUUCUGCAGUUGCAGUCUCCUUCCAGGGCUUCUUCAUGGGGCCCUUAUUUCCCAAUGCAAUUUUGGUGGCAGGCAAACUUCUACCUCGCCAGCAUCAUGUGGUAGUAAUUGGUUUUGCUGCGGCGUUUGGAGGCUGUGGCGCAGCUGUUUUGCCCUUUUUGACAGGGAUUCUGGCAGAGGCGCAGGGUCCAAAAGUUUUGCAGCCGAUAGUGCUUGCGCUGUUGGCAAUUACGUUAGGAAUUUGGUUUUGUUUCCCCAGUACAAGCAAGAUGAAGGAAUAA